GUUUUUGACAUUUUAAAAUGAAAUGGAAAUGUUCAAAUUUGAUGUUUCGCUGUAAUUUGUCACGUUGAAUCUGAAUUGAAUCAUUUAUUGUAGAAAAAUAUCAGAGAAGUGUUACUAAAGUUUGAUCAUUUUUAGCCAAUCAGAAAACAAGAAAAGGUGCGCGUUUUCUGCGUGAUGAGAUAACUAUGACAGUUGUACAAAGUUUUAAUAAGUUUUAUUGAAAGAAGUUAUGUAAAACGAAUGGUCGAACAUAUAAACAACUGAAAAAGGGAAAAGCCUCGACGAAAUUUUUUUCGUGGCAAUAAAAAAAAAAAGAAACCGUGAGUCAAUUACUGUAAAAGUCGGUGAGAGAAGUGAAGAGCAAAACGCGCGCGGUCAGACGCACCCAUUUGUUUUCCUGUCUUAUGUUGUUGUUGGCACCCCGUCGCUUACGACGACGAGUGUUCCAGUUGAUCCGAUCAACGGAACAGCCUGUUCGUGAAAUUAACGUGCAUGUGGCUGAGCACACCACAGACACGUGUACCCUCAACAUAGUUGUCGGGGAUAUUCAGCGUGACACAGUGUGACAAGGCUGACCCUUUGAAUUACAGGCACAACAGAAACAGGAAGAGUGAGAGAAAGUGUACAGCAGGAGCUUUUAGGUGUUUUCGCUCAAUAAACACUCACAACACCCGGUCUGGGAAUCGAAACCGCGAUCCAAUGACCGCGAGUCCGCUACCCUAACCACUAGGCCAUUGCGCCUCCACACACCAUAUAACACGACAGUGAAACUUCGUUACUUGCUGACCGUGACGCUCUCGACGCCGAGGAAGCGCCAUCUGGGAAAUUGUCUAAGGGAGACAAUUUCGUAAAUCCGGGUAAUUUUAACGAACAGACGAGAUUUUGUGGAACUGAGUUUGAUGUGUCGCCAUUAAAUCAGUGACAGCAAUUCUAAAGGUGUUUUGACAAUCACAAUACAUAGAUAUAUAUCAUAUAUCAUGGCUAAUGCUAAUGGAGAAAUAUCCAGUGAUAAAUUAAUAGAUCUAAGGGUUGUGGAUCUCCGUAAUGAACUGGAAAAACGUGGACUCGAUAAAAGCGGAGUGAAGGCCGUAUUGUUGGAACGUCUGGAACAGGCUCUAAAAAGUGAAGGAGGAAGUCUUGAACAUACCGAAAGAAAUAGAGAAAAAGCAGAUACAGUUCCAACCAAUGCAACUGACUUGGGAGAAAAUAAGGUUUUGAGUGAAGAUAAAUUUCAGGAAGAAAGUGAACCUACAGAUGUUCUUCAAACUGAAUUAACUGCAGACAACAUGGAUGAGAAAGCUGCAGAGACAUCUGGUGUCUUUUCAAACACAAAUCCAGAUACUGACUCUCUGCUCCCUGGAAAAACUUCUGUGGAAGAUCUUUCUAAAAAUCAACUAUUUUCAAGUGAUACCAAACCAUCAGAUAUGUUGAGAAAUGACACCUUUGAUAAAGACCAAUUUGUGGAAGAGCUACCUGCCACUAAAAAAGAAACUGAUGCUGCUCUGCAGGAAGAAUCUGAUGAUCCAUUAAAGAAUGCCAUGGCAUUGCCAGAACAGUCAUCUUCAUCUGCAGAGACGAAUACAAAAGAAGAAAAGAGUGAAAUGUCCACAUCAAAGCCAGAGAAUAACACAAAAGAAGAAGACAAUAAAAUGUCCUUGUCAGCAGAGAAUAAUACAAAAGAAAAAAACAGUGAAAUGUCUUCAUCCACAGAGAAUAACUCAAAAGAAGAAAAUAGUAAAAAAUCAUCCUCGUCAGCCAGUGUGAAAAGCACAACUCCAUCACAAAAAUGUAAUGAAAUUAAAGGAGAUAAGGUGGCCAAAACAGCUCUCUCGGAAAGUUUACCUUCGACACCAAGUGUUAAACGUAAAGCACCAUUUGCAUUAAAAGACACAGUCAGUAUGGACACUUCCACCACUCAACAGAGUGAAGAAAAUGAAUCACUGAUUGUACAUGUUGAUGAUACACAGAACGAUUUAGAUGCUGAUCUUGUGGCAUCAAAGGACAAAGUGCGUGGCAAAACUGAAGCAAAGAAAACAGAUGGAAGCAAAGUUGAAGAAAGGGCUAAAGGUAAAACAGAAGGAGGGCAAACUGAGAAGAAGGCUGAUGAAAAGAAAGAUGAUAAAGAUGUAAAGUCGAAGAGUUCUUCCGUUUCUAAGCCCAAACUUCUCAAAAGCAUCAAAAGCAACAACCAGAACAGUCGGAAUUUGUGGGUCAGUGGUCUUGCUGCAAGUACCCGUGCUACAAACCUUAAGAUGCUUUUUACCACAUAUGGCAAGGUUGUGGGUGCCAAAGUAGUGACAAAUGCACGGAGCCCUGGUGCUCGAUGUUAUGGUUUUGUGACUAUGUCUACAGCACAUGAAGCUACUAAAUGUAUUCAGCAUUUGAAUCAGACUGAACUGCAUGGCCGUAUGAUAUCCGUUGAAAGGGCUAGGAAUGAACCGGGAGCUCAGAUAAUUAAAAUGCCAGAAACAAAAACAGCAGAAAAAAAAGGAGAAAAGGCUGAAGUGAAGAAAGAUGAGAAAAAAGUUGGGGAUAAGAAAGAAGGAGUGAAAAAAGUUGAGAAAAAGGAGCCAAAGAAAGAUGACAAGGACAAGGGACUGCUGAACAGAAGGGAUGAAAAGGACAGGAGAAUAUCCGGCAGGAGGCGGGACAAAGAUAGGAAGACAGCCAGCAGGAAAGAUGAUAAAAAACUUCCUUGCAACAGCAGCAGUCAUCAUAAACCAUCAGAUAAAACUUGUGUGACUACACCAAAUAAAAGUACAGCUAAACCAACAACAAGUUUGAAGCCAGCUACAAAAGAAGACUCUGAGAAAAGUGCAAAGCCUGCAUCUCCAUCAUCAGCAAGCACCAAAGAGAAGGCUUCUGGUACACCAAAGCCUAAAUCACAGGGGUCGUCUACUGCCUCUUCUUCCAAGAAAGAUAUUUUAUCAUUUGAUCAAAUAAAAAAGGAAAGAGAACGACAACGUUUACAUCAGAGACGAAGGCGUCUUAGAGAACAGGAGAGACGUCGUUUGAAAAAACUUGAUUUGGCUCGUUCGCUUCAGCAAGAUUUUGAUAGAAAACAGAAAGAAAAAGCUCUUAAAUUGGAGAGAGUUAGGGAGGAUUUAAGGAGAGAGAGGCAGAGAUUAGAAAAAGAGUUAUUGCAAACAGAAAGAUAUAAGUUGGCACAAGAGUUUCUUGAAAGGGAGAGAGUUCGUGAAGAGCAACAUCGGGCUGAGAUGAUGCGGUGAGUAAAACAGACAUUAUUACAUUAUU